AUGGAAGAGUGUGCAUGUGAAAUCAACCAUCAUCAAGGAGACCACCGAUGUGUAUUCUGUGCGGACAAGAACAUGAUGACCCCUCAGGUCUGGAAGGAAGUGUUUCAGUGCACGAAACAUGGCCAGCAUCUCCAGGUUGUAUGGACUUAUAUUGGUAAUGAAAGGAAGAAACAACCUCCACCAAGCAUUUUGUCUCAGCACUUUGCAGGACUCUCUAACUCUCCAAACUCCACAUCUCCUUCAGGAUUCAGUUCAGAAGAGUCAGUUGUAAGCUCAUUUUACUCUGAAUUUGGAAUCAGUUUAGAUGGCUACUCCGUGUUACAGCAGGCUGUUUACUGGGAAGAGCCAGACAGAUCAAUCACAAAUGUGUCCAUGAGUACUAGUCCAGCUCACACUACAUUCAUCAUAGAGAACCUGAAAGACAGCUACCAAAUUGGAGAGGAGCUUUUUGUUUUGGUGCAUGCAAAGGAUUUUAAUAAUAAAUCUAAGAGUUAUGGAGGCGACUUUUUUCAAGCCAAGCUGUUCUGGUCUAAAACUAAGGCCAGUGUGUUUGGGGAGGUGGUGGACCUGCUCAACGGCUCCUACUCUGUGCGUUUCCUCCUGCCGUGGGUCGGCAAGGCUCAGGUGGCUGUGCGUCUAAUUCACUCCAGUGAAGCUGUGCAGGUCCUGAAGCGUCACAGAGAUACUGAUUCUAACAGAGUGUUCUUUAAUGGAUAUUAUGAGGGACCAGGACCAAAUAAGACCAGGUUGAGUGAAACGGUGAAGUGUAAUGUGAAGUGGGACAAGAAUGGACUAGAGAGUAUUGGAACCGGAGACUGUUGCUGUGAAUACAAAGAUCCCCAUACCGAAGAAAUAUGGCGCUGCCAGAGACCCAAAUCCCUGCCAUGCAGUGCCCGUGUGUACCACUCUAUGGGCGGUUAUAGAAACCGUCUGACUGAAAAAGAGAAGAAGCUUAUGAAGCAAACUAACAAAGGUAUCAAUGGAGAUAAGAGCAUCAUCAAAAUUUUUAAUUCCCAUGGAAAUGAAACUAUUGAUGUAGCAGAGAAAUGUCAUCCUGGUUUACACACUCCAGUUCCAGCCGGAUUUUACCUGAAUGAUGUGUGGACGUCUUUUGUCUGUAGCACCCGGCAUUUUACAACCCAAACGACAACAGAGUGCCUGAAAGACAAACACAUUUACAUGAUGGGAGACUCUACUAUGAGACAGUGGUUUGACUUCUUUGUGAAAGAAGUACCAAACCUGAAACAGAUGGACCUGCAUGUCCAAUAUCAGUCAGGACCACUCCUAGCAGUGGAUGUGGAGAACAACAUUGACUUACACUGGAGGGCUCACGGCAUUCCUCUGCGCAGUCGAAAAUCAUUUGUUGCUAAUCUGCACUACAUCAGUAAUGAGAUCGAUGACCUGUCUGGAGGACCCCACAUGGUCAUUAUAUUCAAUCUGGGGCCCCAUUUUACCACAUACCCUUUGGAUUUCUAUACCCAUAGAGUGUUGAGGAUCCGCAAAGCUGUUCUAGCAUUGUUACAGCGGGCGCCUGACACUACCGUUAUAAUCAAGACAGUCAACACUGGCUAUAAGGAUAUUUUCGGGAGUGAUUGGUAUUCUCUACAGUUGGACAGAAUUCUGCGUUGGGCUUUUCAGGAUGUUGGUGUUUAUAUUCUGGAUGUGUGGCAAAUGACGGCCUGUCACUACAGCAAAGAGAACAUUCAUCCAGGCCCUGUCAUCAUCAAAAAUGAGAUUGACAUUUUACUUUCUUUUAUUUGCCCUGAAUGAAUUUAAUUGAUCUUGCCAAGUGAACAUUUAGUUUAUUAGAGCAAUUAAAAACCAUUCCUUGAUUCUGCACUCCAAUAAUUUUUAAACAUGAAAGUAAUUUAUUUAAACAGGCAUGUGCAAGUUUACAACAAGUCACCUGGAAUAACUAAUACUGACACAUUGGAGGUAACUGGAGUUGUAUUCCUGCUUCUAAAUGCAUUCGUCAUAAUACGUGUCUGUCUAUAUGGUCAAAGCUGAAUAACCAAUUUGGGUUAUCACAAACAUAAAUAAUGUGGAGGAUAAUUUGCUUAACUUUCUCUGCAUAAGUAGGCUAAGUAUCUAAAUUGAAUUAGCUCAAAAUGAAAUCAAAUAAAAAUAAAAGCAAUGCCAUGGACAACUAGAGGUGGUUAAUUCAAUAAGAAUGCACAGAAAAUAGCUAAAAUCCAUAACAAUAAAUGAGACAAAAAAUAAUAAUAAUAAAAAUUAAAUAAAUAUUUUUAAUACUCUGUUAAAAUAGAUCUGUGGAUUAAGUCUUGGAGUGUAAAUGCAAACUAAAUUACAAUUUACAAGUAAUAUGACUCUUUGUUCCUCAUUUUAACUGUAUCUCGCACUCGACCUUUUUAAACAGUUUACUUUUUAGUGUAAAUAUUUAAAUGUCUCAUCUGUAC